GGCUUGGCUCGUGCCGAUUAAGCUGUGUACGUGCGUGCACAAUUCAACAGAAAUUUGGGCGUCCUUGAUCUUCUUCUUAUCAUCAAAAUCUUAUUCUGGCUUCUAUCAUUUUCAUUCAUCUUCAUCAUUCUGGACAGUAUGGGUGACGCUUUUGCCAAUCAACCAGAAUUCUUCGAGGUGGACAUUGGUGAAAGUCUUAUAUCCAGAACGGAAACGUUGGGAUCAUUCAGAGAAUUAGGACCGCCAGAUUUAGUUCACACGAUCAAAACAACCGGCAGAGCAGGCUCAAAAGAAAUCGGAUCUUAUCAUUAUGUUUCAGGCGUUGAUGCUUCAAGUUCAGCAGCAUUGGCAGCGUACAUCAAUAGCUUAACUUACGAAUUGGAACAACCUACCACUUGGUUCUCCGGAAAGUCACCAUACAAACUCAAAAGUGGUGCCUACUGCUGUUUCAACGCAUUCUCUCGUGUUGACGUUCGGGUGGAAGUGAGAAUACCGGGUUCAGUCGAUGCAUUCGUGGUAGACGCUCGUGGGGAGAGACACGAAACAACACCGGAGAUCUGGCAAGAAGUAUACCUUUCAGCACUUCUUCGUGCAAUUCUGUACUCUGACGAUGCAAAUUAUCGAUUGGCAGGAUAUCGGAAAUUGGAUCCCAUCAGCAGCCCAGAUGCAGAACACAGAUUCUUACAAGCAGCCGAAAAUCUCUUUUUCAAAGGAUGGCAGCUAGGAUCCGACCCAGAAAUACAGGUGGCCACGGUGGUAUCCAAUCAUCUAACUGCUGGUAUCUUGAAGUACUUUGGGGAGGCAAACCGAUACGAAUUGGCUGUGAACCUCUUCGAAAAGCUAUACGCUCGUGAACCUGAAGUGGCUGCUUUGGUUGCACAAGCCUACAUUGGAAUGAACGAGGAGGUGAAAGCGGUUCAAACGAUGCAUCACGCAAUCAAAGAGACGCCGCACAGCUAUUCGCUUCUGCACAUUCAAUGUGACUUUUUGAGAAAGAAGGAAAAGCAUGAAUGGGCCGUCAAGCUAGCACAAGAGAGUGUCAAUUGCGCACCAACCGAAUUCUCAACAUGGGCAAAGCUAACGGAAUGUUAUAUCGAACUGGAAAGCUGGGAAGAGGCUCUAUUCACACUGAACUCGUGUCCCAUGUUCACGUACAAUGAACGCGAUCUUCACCGAAUGCCAACACCUUCUCGAUCACAUUUCCCGAUCAAGCAGUACAUCGCAGAAAGUGGCUUGCUGGACGAUGAUAGCAUUAGGGACGUUGAAGCAGAUGCUGCCUUGGUCAGGCUGCCAGCUCCUGCGCUGCGUGGUACAUUUGCAAAAGCAUACGCUCUUUUGACCCGCUUGGUAAACAAAAUCGGUUGGGAUGAAUUGCUAAGAUCGAGAUCACAAGUAUUUGUGAUGGAAGAAGAAUACAGAGCACAAAAAUCACGCCCGGAUGCUAUUACACCAAGAAGUGAAGAAGCUUCACCGUUCCCGCAAGGAGCUAGUCAAAACGCAUCCACAACUGCUAUUCCACCAUCAGACGGCGCUGAUGGACAGAACGAUGAAGAAAGUACAUUGGCAGAUACAAGCAAAGCGAACGAUCUUGCAGACAAGGCUGCUGAUGCACAACCUUCAGAAGUGAUUGAAAAGAUUGCAACUCUUGGCGUUUCGCAGAUCAACGGAAGUUCAUCAUCACAUUCAAUACCAACAAUCAAGAUUUCAACUGAUUCAGAUCAUGAACGUGAAAAAGUUCAAUUGGAAGGAUUUUUGAAAGACAGAAAGGAGGAAAGCACGACAACAACAGUGCAUGAAGCACAAAAAAGCCUAGAUGAAAAAGAAGGUCAAUCUUCCGUUGAGGUAGAAGCGCCACCACUUGAAAAGCCAGCGCUGGCGCAGGCACAAGCACAACCUAUUUCAUCUGCCGAACAAGAUGGCAUAAAUGGAACAAAUGCGAAUGCGGCCAAUGGCACUUUGGAGGGAAGCCAUACAGAACCAAAAGAUGGACAUCAUGAACAAGAUAAGACUACAGUCGCAUCUCUAUCUUCAACAUUUUCUUUUAACAAUAAACGAUUAUGUGAAAGAUGGCUUGAUAACCUUUUCAUGGUUCUGUAUGAGGAUCUACGGGUCUAUACGAUUUGGAGAGCGGAGGUGAAUCAUUACAAAGCUCAAUCGCUGCCAUACAGAAAAACAUCAACGGAAUGGGAAAUACUGGGUGAAUUGGCAUUACGAUUACAUCAUCGUGAAGAAGCAAAAGAAGCUUUCCAAAAAUGCGUUGAAGGAAAAUUUUCGGCAAAAGCAUAUUUAAGAUUAUUGGAUAUUUAUACGGAAGAACGUGAAGUUGAAAGAAGUUUAUGGGUUUCCCUACGUUUGACGGCUUAUCAUCAUAGAUGGUAUAUGGAAGGAACUUUUCCUAGUGCGGUUGCACAUUGUUUAUUCCGUCUUAUUCGUGAUGUUGGUUUGGCAAAAGUUAACUUUACCCUUGUUUCAAUGUCGCCUCCCGAUCCAAUCUUGCGCAUUAUGAAAAAUUAUUUUGCUUAUUGUCAAGCGUUCAAAGUACCAGGCUACGACUUUUAAUGCUCAUAGCACGAUCUGAUUACGAUCAGAUGUACAAUUGUAUCUAUUAUAGUCACCUUACCAAUGAAAGAGUGAAAAAAAAAUGCUUUUGCACACACAGGAUGAUAGAUAGGAGGCAUAAAUAGAUAAAAUUUUUAC